CGCCAGCCUUCGGAAGACUGGGAUUCUCGGUGGGACGGAGAGAGGGGGAGACGCUGGCAGCAACGGGCAGCCCAGGGCAGGGGUUAAAUGAUGAGAAGUAACAAGGAACCAUAUUUUGUGAAGUUUAUAAAGUCUACAGAAAACUCAGAAUUUUUCCUUCAAGCCCUUGAGUCCAUUAAAGAAUUUCAGUCAGAAGAAUAUCUCCAAAUCCUUGAAAAUGAAGAUGCAUUGAAGAUACAAGAGAAUGACAAAUCUCUUUAUAUUUGUGAUCAGUUCAGUGGGAUUGUUUUUAAUCACCUUCAAAAGCUUGGUUGUAGAAUUGUUGGACCACAGGUAGUUGUGUACUGUAUGCAGAACCAACGAUGUGUCCCAAGGGCAGACUAUCCAGUAUUUAAUAUGACAAUGGCUGAUGUAACGAUAUCCUGCACAAAUCUUCAAAAAGAAACAAGGGAAGAGGUCCACAAAGCUGUACAGAUGAUGGGUGGCCGUGUAUACAAAGAUCUUAACUUGUUAGUAACCCAUCUUAUAGCUGGAGAAGUUGGAAGCAAAAAAUACUUAGUUGCAGCUAAUUUAAAAACACACAUUUUGCUUCCCUCUUGGGUAAAAGCACUGUGGGAAAAAUCACAACAUAGGAUUGUUAGAUACACAGACAUAAAUAUGGAAGACUUCCUAUGUCCUUUGUUUCUUGGCUGUACGGUCUGUGUAACUGGUUUGAGCAGUGUGGACCGAAAAGAGGUUCAGCGCCUUACUGUCGAGAAUGGUGGCCAGUACACAGGGCAGCUCAAGAUGAAUGAAUGUACUCAUCUUAUUGUUCAAGAGCCCAAAGGCCAAAAAUAUGAGUGUGCCAGAAGAUGGAAUGUCCACUGCAUCUCUCUCCAGUGGCUUUUGGACAGCAUUGACAAGGGAUUUUGCCAGGAUGAAUCAAUGUACACAGUAGUCCCUAGAUCAAAGGAAGAAAGUGCACCAAGUACAUCAACUCCUACUAAUGACACUAGCAAGACUGACAGUCGCACACUCUCUGAUGUCAGCAACAUUUCAAAUAUCAAUUUAUGUUCCAUUAGUGAAACAUCCUGUAGCUCUGCUAUGAAUAGCAGACUGGAUCCUCCUCCUGAUGAUCUGAACAACUUGGAUAUUAGUUCUUUGCAACCACCUGAAGAUUUACUAGAUGGAUGUAAAAUUUACCUUCAUGGCUUCGGUGGCAGGAGAUUAGAUAAGAUGAGAAAGCUUAUUAAUUCUGGUGGUGGGGUUCGCUUUAACCAACUCAAUGAAGAUGUGACACAUGUCGUUGUGGGUGACUGUGAUGAUGAACUAAAACAGUUUCUGAAGAAGACAGCACAGAGGCCAUAUGCUGUGACAGCUCAAUGGCUUUUGGAAUGCUUUAGAAAAGGCUACUUACUACCUGAGGAGCAGUACCCCCCUGCAAACUGUCAGCCAGUGAACACCCCAGUUUUGGAGCAGCCUGUCUUCCCUAAAAGAAAUAGUCUCUUGAAGAAAGAUGGAGUGAACAUUGUGCAGAAUCCAGAAGCAGAUGAAGAUCUGCUAUCUCAGUAUGUAACUCGGGAUUCCACAGUAGUUGAUGCUGGUAACUACAGUGAUAUUGAUCAUGCUACUUUUCAAGAAGGAAAAGAGCUCACUGUCAGCCACAGCUCCUUGGCAGAGACUUCUACAAUAGUAGAAGGAGCCUUGUUCAGUGGAAAGAGGUUCCUCCUUUUAGGUUUUGGUAAAGAGGAUGAAUCCUGCAUAAGAGCUGUGAUUGAAGAGAAUGCUGGGAAGGUUUUCCCCCAGCAGAACAAAGCCAUUGCUGACUAUGCUGUGGUUCCUCUACUGGGAUACAAGGUGGAUUCAACUGUAGGAGAUGUGGUUACAAAUACAUGGCUGGUGAUGUGUGCGGAACAGCAAUCCCUGCUUGAUCCUCAGUCAAAUCCACUUUUCACACCAGUGCCGAUGAAAGAGGGACACACUCCAUUACAACAUUGUGUGUUGUCUUUCAGCCAGUUUAGUGGGGCAGAGAGAGACUCUUUAAUAUAUUUGGCUAAACUGCUUGGGGCAAGAGUUCAAGAAUUCUUUGUGAGAAAAGCCAACCCCAGGAAAGAAAUGCUGGUCAGCACCCACCUGGUGGUUAAGGAGCCAGAUGGUUCCAAGUAUGAAGCUGCAAAGAAGUGGAAUCUCCCUGCCCUUACUGUGGCCUGGCUGUUGGAGUCUGCAAGGACAGGAAAGAAGGCUGACGAAAGCAAGUUCCUGAUUGACACUGUAGUCACUCAAGAAGAGACCUUCACAAAUCAGCCAGAUGAAGCAGAGACAGAUGCUGCAACUCCAAAUACACCUGACCGACCUAGCAGUCUCUUUGAAACUGGGAAGAUAACUGCUGUGACACCUCUGGAUAUGAAUCGGUUCCAGAGUAAAGCUUUCCAAACUGUCAUCUCGCACCAUAUUGGUAAAAAAACAAGCCCUCUUGCAGGGGGAAAGCCAGUACAGAAAGAACCAUCUCUGCAUCUGGACACACCAUCUAAAUUUUUAUCGAAAGACAAGCUCUUCAAACCGUCUUUUGAUGUCAAGGAUGCUCUAGCAGCUUUGGAAACUCCAGAGGGUCCUAACCGGCGAAACAGAAAACUGAGUACUCCUCUUUCAGAAGUCAUUGGCAGGAACUUGAAGCUGGCUUUGGCAAACAGCACUCGGCAAACAGCUGCUCUCACUGCCAGUCCUCAGUUGAAAAGUGCACCUCAACAAGUGGAGGAAGAGUCAAAACCUCUAGCUGAUGUUGUCAUAUGUGUGAGUAAGAAGCUCAGCAAGAAACAGAGUGAGCUGAAUGCUAUUGCUGCCUCCCUUGGCGCGGAUUACAGAUGGUGUUUUGAUGAAACUGUAACUCAUUUCAUCUACCAGGGAAGGCAAAAUGAUAAUAGCCGGGAAUACAAAUCUGCUAAAGAAAGGGGCAUACACAUAGUGUCGGAACACUGGCUUUUGCAGAGUGCAGAAGAAUAUAAACGGCUACCUGAAUCUCUUUAUCCUCAUACAUAUAAUCCUAAAAUGAGUUUGAAUAUUAGCGGUGUCCAAGAUGACAGAUUCUCAGAUAGGCUUGAUUCCACUGGAAAAGCGGGGAAAGAAGAUGAGCCUAUUUCAUUGAAUGAUAAUCCAGAAGAUGUUAUUAUUGAACGUAUAAAUGAGGCAGUUGCUAUCGAUAAAGCAGAAAAUGCUUCAAAAGGAGUUUUAACACAGACACUGGAAAUGAGGGAGAACUUUCAAAAGCAGCUCCAAGAAAUAAUGACUGCAACAUCACUAGCGAAAUUGCAAGGACAAAGAAGCUCUUUGUCUCGGAAUGGUUUUGACAAUUCUCCGACCACUCCUGAUGGACCUCGUCCCGUGCGUAACGGCCGUAGCAGAGUUUUGGAAGCCCUGAGGCAGUCCCGUCAGGUAGCGAUUGAUGUCAACACUGAGCCAUCCCAGAAUGAGCAGAUUAUUUGGGAUGACCCCACUGCAAGAGAAGAGAGAGCAAGACUUGCCAGCAACCUGCAGUGGCCCAAUAGUCCUUCUCAAUAUUCCGAACAAAUUCAAAUGAAUGCAGUAAACGCGAGUGACCUUUCCGUUAGAAAAUCCUUGACUGAUACAGAAAUCGCUGAAAUGGAUGCUGAUGAUCCUGUGAAAACCGAUUUAGUGGAAGCCUUGGGACCUCAAAUCUGUAGAAAUCCAGAAACACCUGUAAAAGAAGAUAAUUUAAUCCCAACACCAUUGGCUCCUGCCAUUGCCUUUCCAUUGGCAAAUCCUCCCGUGGCUCCCCAGCCAAAAGAAAAUAUCAUUAAAAUGGAACAAAAGGCCUAUGGUGAAUCAGAACAACAGCGCAAAUUCCAAUUGUCUUCCCUUAACCCUCAGGAACGAAUUGAUUACUGCCAUCUGAUUGAAGAGCUAGGUGGUGUAGUUCUUGAGAAGCAGUGCUUUGACUCUAGUUGUACACACACAAUCGUGGGACACCCUCUUCGUAAUGAGAAAUUUUUGGCAUCAAUGGCAGCUGGAAAGUGGGUGCUUCAUCGUUCCUACCUUGAGGCAUGCAGAACAGCACGGCACUUUGUAGAGGAAGAAGAUUAUGAAUGGGGAAGUAACUCUAUACUCAGUGUUCUGCCUGGAAUCAAUGUAGUACAGAGGAAAUUAGCAAUUGCAGCAAUGAGAUGGAGGAAAACAAUACAAAGACGGAGAGAGGAAACUGGCAUUACUGAGGGAGCAUUUAGUGGUUGGAAAGUUAUUUUGAAUGUUGACCCAGCAAAGGAAGCAGGCUUCAAGCGUCUUCUAGAGUCAGGAGGGGCAAAGGUGUUGCUUUCACAUUCUCUCUCUAUCUUUAGAGAAGUUACUCAUCUUUUUGCUGAUUUUAAUAAACUGAAACCAGAGAAUGUAAGAGUUAACCUAGGAGAGGCUGCAAGUCAAGGAGUGAACUGUCUGAAGCCAGAAUACAUCGCUGACUACCUUAUACAGGAGCUGCCACCUCCAACAGAAAGCUAUCGUUUGCCAGAGGCGGCUGCCUAUCUUCAGAAUAGCAAAGAACAUGGAACUGGGUUAUCUCAAAAGCGAAAAGCUCCUGAAGAAACACACACAGUAAAACGAUCCAGAAUGUACUGAGAUGACCAUUCCUUUAAAAUAUGUAUUUUGUAUUUCUAUUUAUACUGGUUUUCCUUCUACAUAAAAUGGUAUUAAAUGCUUUUGUAGUGUUGUA